AUGUCUUCAUUCAACCCACUUACCUCAAUUUUGAACCAAAACAAGUUAGAAGGACGGAAUUAUGUUGACUGGAAAAGGAACCUUGACAUUGUCCUAACCGCUGAAGGUUACAAAUUUGUAAUCAUUGAGGAGUGCCCAGAAAAACCUGAAAAUGCUACUGAUGAUCUGGUUAAGGCCUAUGACAAAUGGGUCGAGGCUGAUGAGAUGGCGCGAUGUUACAUUCUUGCCUCUAUGGAAAAAGUUUUGGAACAUCAGCAUCAGUCUAUGGGGUCUGCUUAUGACAUGCUCAAAUGGAUCAAAGAGAUAUUCGGUGAGCAAAAUUGUGCGGCUAAGCAAACAGCCAUGGAAGCCCUUUUGAACACCAAGAUGGCUGAAGGAUCAUCGGCCAGGGACCAUGUUCUGAAGAUGACGGGUCUUCUGAAUGAACUGGAGGUCCUUGGAGCUGUGAUUGAUAAGGAAUCUCAAGUUGAGAUGGUCCUGCUGACUCUGCCUGACACUCCAAUUGUGGAACUCAAUGUUGAGAAAGCUUCGGUUUCUAAGUCGAAAGGCGGUAAGAAAAAGAAAAAGGCUCAAAAGGUAUUGGCACCUGGAGAUUCAGGAGCCACUAUUCAUAUCUGCACUACUUUGCAGGGGUUUCAGGAAAUGCGGCGGCUAAGUGAGAAUGAAGUUUGCGUUUUUCAAGAAAAUGACGAUCCAGCACCAACUUUAGCAUUAGGAGAUAUUAGAGUUUCAUUUAGUAGUGAUAGAGUUUCAGUUUUGAAAGAUGUUCUCUAUGUACCUUCUAUUCAAGGAAUUUGA